CCUCACCCUCCUCCGGACCCCGGCCGCUGCAUAUCUGAUUGCGAUCCCCCUGUCCGCCUGCUUCGCUCUCGCCGCCGGCCGCUGCCGUGCCAUCAGGCCUUGUCCUCCACCUGUCGUCGCCCGUGUCCUGACUCCGCGUCGCGUCCCGGCCCGGCACUGCCACGCGUCACCCCCUCCUCUGCCUCACUCCACCACAACACCCGUCACCAUGCCCGCUGCUCGCUCCGCAAAGGCCUCGGGCUGCCCGUUCGCCUACCUCGCCUCGCUCGGUGUGCGGCUCGACGCCACCACGCACGCCCUCUUCCACUCGGCGCCCGCGCCGCUCCUCGAGCCGGCAGCGAGCAGUGACGACGAGGCCGAUGCGCCGCUCAGCGCCCGCCUGCAGGCCGGCACCAGUGCGGCACACACGCGCAUCGAGCGCAGCCGCGGCGUGCGCGCCCUCAUGGGCUUCGGCGCCGGCGCUGAGGGCGCCGCGGCCGCGCUGGAGCGCCGCGAGUACAUGGCCUGGCUCGUCGGCCUGGCGUGUGUGUAUGCCGCCAUCGAGGCCUACCUGCCCGUGCCCGCCACGCUUCUCGCCGGCCUGCAGCACUCCGACAUGCUGCCUGCGCUCGCGCGCCUCGCGCCACUCGAGGCCGACGUGCUGGCCCACGCGCGCUUCCUCGGCGGCGUCGACCCUAACGUCUCGGCGCCCGCCGACGAGGCCGACGUCUUUGCGCUGCUGGCACAUUCCGACGCCGGCUCGGCAUCGCACGUGGCGCUCUCGGCGCUGAUGGAGAGCGUGCCGCGCCACACUUCGUUCCCGCGCGACGAGCACCUGGCGCUCCUCUCGCCGGCGCACGCCGAGGCGACGCACGCCUACGCAUCGCGACUCUUCGAGCUCGGUACGGCGGCGUCGAGCGGCGCCUCGACGCCAAGCAGCGAGUCGGCCUUCCGCACUGCCUACACCGCACCGCUGGGUCCGGGCACGCUGGUGGCGCACGCGUACGUGCGCUACAUGGGCGACCUCAGCGGCGGACAGCACAUUGCCAAGCGGGCGCGCGCGCUCUGGCCGCUCGGUCUGGAGGAGAACACAGGCUUUGAGUCGUACGUCUUUGCCAAGCCUGCCGCGUGGACCGGCACGCAGCGCGCGUGGGAGGGCGACCUGAAGCGCCGCUUCCGCGACGCCAUGGACGGCGCCUUCGCGCAGCUCGAGGACGAGAAGGAGGGGGUGGCGUCCGUGCUCGUCGACGAGGCAUCGCUGGCCUUUGACCUCAACCGCGGCCUCUUCGACGCCCUCGUGCCGUCGUCCGAGGAGGACGAUGCGCGCGAGCUGGCCGCACUGCUCGCUGCCUCGGCGCCGGCGCUGGCCAAGACGGCCUCGGCGCUAAGCUCGCCGCGCGCUCGCUCUCUCCUUCCGUCACUGCCGACCCUGGCUGUCGGCCUGCUCGCCGUCGCCACUGGUCUCUCGUCAUCCGCUCUCUCUGCCUAGUCCUGUCUCCCAACCGUCACACUGUCCGCGCGCCGCCUGUCUCCCGCUUCACUGUUCGCAUCCAUGUCUCCUCAGGGCUCCACACCGAUUCAUGCCACGGUCUCCAUAGACGCUAGAGUGUCCGAAUGUAUCAUCUCUCCGCAUG